AUUAGGGUUUGUUUUUCGAAGGCUAUACUUCCUGCGUCAGGUUUAGCAGAGUAGCUCGGAAGCUCGAGGUCGCUAGAAUUCCUUAUUUACUCUCUUGUUUGGGACACUGCCCAGCGAAGAUGGUGGCCACUGCGACCAUGGUUGGAGCCAUCAUGGGUUUGAGCUGCCAGUUCUACUCCAAUGCAGUGCGCAAGCUUCCACUCAUGCGCCAUCCGUGGGAGCACGUGCUUGCGAUAGGAUUGGGAGCUGGAUUUGGAAAUGCUGUGGCGAGUUGGGAAGUCCGCUUGCAAGAGGACCUAGAUAAAAAAUUGUCAGAAGUGCAAACUGCUAACAAUAAGCGCUACAUUGGUACCAUGAGGGCGGUCGAAGAUUAAUCCUGGAUUUGCGUUACAAUGAAUAUGAAUAAUGUUGGGUUAGAUGAGAUUAUUAGUCAGUUCCCUGCUUAAAUUUUCUCUCGUCUUUUUUCUAUAUUUCUAUCAACACCUUCAGCUUUUGUUAACUCUGCAUUAGUGAAUUCUUCUGGACGUGCAUCCAGAACUUCAGAUCACGUGGAGAAUGCGCAGAAUGCUACGAUGUUUACCUCUUCGGGACGUUCAUGAAGAUGUUUUGUUCGUUUGGAUUACCUUCCAGGCUCAUAUCAUGUAGCAUUUAAGCAUCCAUAUUCAUGCUUCAGUCAUGGAUCUUGGGGGGUUCAACAAAGAUAUCAUUGGUUUUGUGCCUA